AUGGAGAAGGACGAGGAGGCCUAUGAAGCCGGAAUCGAGGCGGCCAUCUCCCGCUUCAAGAAAAAAGACUACAGUCGGUGCCUCGGCUUGCUCAAUGAGCUUGUGCUGCAUCUUCAGGAGACGCUGCCCUCGGAAAUCACGAAAAUCAGGAAGUACUACAAUCUCACACCUAGACCACUUAUGGGGGUUCCGUGCCACCCCAGACUCCUUUCUGUGUUAGAUCACAGAGCCGCUACAUAUGAGAAAUUGGGCAAUUUGCCUAGGGCGUUGAAAGACGCUCAAAAGGCCAUGGCUUUGGACCCUUUGGACCCUAAAGGAUACCUUAGAGCAGCCAAGCUUUGGGGCAAGGAGGGCAAGGAUGUGGACGCGUAUAAGGCGCUUCAAAGGGGCAUUUACACGAUAGAGCGGGCGCUAGAGAAGCACGACGUGCCGAUUUCCCAGAACUUGCUCAACCUGCUCAGAACGAAGUAUGCCGAGCUCAACCGACAACUCAAACGGAAACGGCUGGCUCCUGAGGUGUCAUCGAAGAAACCAACCCCUGAAGAAAGCAUAAAGAAGGCAAAGAGCUUUUCUGCCUCGGGCCUCCAGCGUAAACUUGACGAGAUGUUACCUCUUCCACGCUCCUCGUCAGCUCCACAGGCACUUGAACCAAGGAAUAUUCCAAAGUCGACUUCGGACCCGCUUGAGCGUCUUCCUGUGGAUGUAAUUGAGCAGAUCUUUCUGUACCUCCCAGUCAGAAGCUUACUCCGCUCGCAUUUGGUCUGCAAAGACUGGUAUGCCCUCUUGACAUCAAUGCCUAGCUUGUACAGCGAAGUCUUCUCUCUACGCCACAGAGUAACCGCUCCAGAGUAUUUUGGCGGCUUGAAACUUAUGAAGAAGGUCUCGCAAUACUCCUACCAGAAAUCUAUCUGCUCAGUAAAGCUCUGGUCGACUUACGAUGCAAUCCAUCUUGGACGAAUCUUAGAAAACAUCGUGUCUGAUGAAACUCUUAAACUUCGAAAAUUGGAGAUUGUGAACAGAGAUUUCAGUUGGCAGCUUCUCUUGAACAAAUUGGAGAAAUGCAAGUGGAAACUUGAAAAUCUUAGCACGAUCGAAAAGUUGAGGUUUGUGAUCAAUAGACCCUUGAUAAAUCCUCAGCUCCUAUUACAUUUAUACCCGCAGCUCACCGAAUUGGAUCUUGUUGUGGCCGAUGAAGUGGCAAAUAUUCCAUAUGAUACUUUGACACCGACAUCCGAUAUUUACAAAAAGUUUCUACUGGAACUGAGUGCUGCUACCUCGCUGAAUUCACUCAAAGGUUUUUCGUAUAUCAAUCACGAAACUUACAUUGACAUAAGGCCACUUGCGCAGCCACAGCUUUUAAAACUCCGAUUCCCAGCUCUCACUAGGUUGACAUUGGUCGGAGUCAAUUUCAAAAAUGCAACGCAUGAGUUUGGGGAGUUCGUCAGUUGCUGUGACCAGCUCGAGAGCCUCUACUUAGAGAAAAAUGACCAGCUCCCGAUAAGGACUCUCUUGAGGCUUUUGCAACUUUUUGAGGCAAAAUUCAAACUCAAACGUCUCACCAUCCGAGAGGAGGGCGAACUGAGACACUCCAAUUUGAAUGAUGUCGAGGAGGACUCCUUGCCAUGCUUGUCUGAACUAGAGCACUUGGACAUCUAUGGCUCGUCCUUGUCAUCAAAGGGCCUACUCAAACUUCUUACGAUUGCAAACGCAGGAUUCAAACUUUCAUCGCUUAAUUUGGGCAAAUCACGCUUUGUUUUCUUCCGUCGUGAUCAGUUUGUCACAGGCCACGAGGUUCUUGACUUUUCCCUGGUGUUUCAAAUCGCACCACACCUUCAAACGCUUUACUUGAACGAAAUGGACAUUGACAACCUUUCAAUGAAACUUCUUCACAACGAUCUAGCCAAUGCAUGCGGCUACGAUAACAUCAAGCUCAAGAAGCUCGACCUUUCGUUUUGCCAAAAAAUCAACGGAAUUGGUAUCAUGAACUUGCUCAACUUCUCCAGUUCGCAGCCAUCCAGCCCCAAGACCCUAAAUUUGGACGAGCUCAUCCUCGAUGGCCUCGAUAUACACAAGGGGUCAAUCAACCUUCUCAUGAAUAAAGAAAUCGUGAAGCUAAUCAGAAAUGACCCGACAAAGACUACAUGGAAGCAAAAAGGUGUCAAUACGCUCGAGCCGUGA